AUGCCAAUUUACCGCCCAGUUGUACUCUUAUUGCUUACAACAGCCUUGACUCUGACCGUUUCUGCCGAGGUGCUCCACCCAUCCAAACCGCCAGCCACCUGCACGAAAAAGGGUUUUGUACCUGUUUGCUUUUCAUCCGAAGACUACAACGACCCUAAGAAAAAGUUGGUUAAAGCCAAGUUUCAACCUACAGAUAAAAAUUGCUAUCACUAUCGAGGGGAAAAUUUAGAAAGAACCAGAUGCUGUGGUCAAAAAGUGUCGCAACUCAAGCCGGACCAUGAAGGAUUUAUAUUUAUCCCCAGGGAGGUAAUAGUCCAUGGAUCAAUUGACAAGCCUGAGCAGGGUGAUAAACUGGACUGUGUUUAA